UUUGUCCACACGAUACGGAGUGACGGAGUUCUCGUUUAUUUCUUUGAACGCCAUAAUGGAGAUUCGUCUCUGAUGUGAGGAUGCUGUGCCGGUGAGAGAGAACAAUUCGUGGUUGCUUCGUAGCGGAUGCAAUGACUCAUCGCCUUAAUAUUGUACCUAGUCACCGAAACUCUACAUAACACAAGUAUGUCGGACAAACUGAAAGCGGCGUUACAAGAGGAGUAUCCGCUCCAUUGGCUCGCUUGGCAUAACGACUACGAGGCCCUAAAAGCACUCCUCGAAAAGAGCACGGAGAACAUUGAGCAGCGCGACUGCCGUGGGCGGACAGCUCUGAUGCUGGCUGUCACCCUGGGACAUCUCGAAGUGUCGAAGAUACUUCUCAACCAUGGCGCCAACGUCAACGUGGAGAACAACGACGGCUACACAGUGGUGCACGAAGCAGUGAGCACGGGCGACCCUGAGCUUCUGGCGGAAGUUUUGACCCAGCGAGACCUCCAACGCUACAGCACAUCUGUCGGGGGUAUCCCUGAUCUCUUGAAACGCAUCCGGGACACCCCGGACUUCUAUGUGGAGAUGAAGUGGGAGUUUACAAGCUGGGUACCUCUUCUGUCCAGGAUGUGUCCAAGCGACACCUACAAGGUCUACAAGAGUGGAGCUAAUGUACGGAUAGACACCACUCUGCUUGGAUUUGACCAGUCCAACUGGCAGCGUGGCCGUAGGAGCUACAUAUUCAAGGGACAAGAGGAUCUUGCACUGAUGAUGGAGGUGGACCAUGACAGCUGCCAGGUUCACGUAGAACAGAUGCAGGUGUUGCCGCCCGAGUACGUCGACCUCACGGGGAGCUUGCGGCCCUCACAGGAAGCCAUCUCAGCACGCCUCACCUCUCCCAUUGUGGCCACGUACAUAGACACCGACAAGAUCAGCUUUGAACGGAACAAGUCUGGAAUCCUCGGCUGGAAGAGUGACAAGAGCGAAACGAUCAAUGGCCACAACUGCAAAGUAUUCAGUGCGACAAAUGUGGAACUCGUGACCAAGACAAGAGUGGAGCACCUUUCGGAAGCAGACAAGGCUCGUCACAAGGCUGCACGGUCACCGUUGCAGUCUUUCUUGGGCACAGUCGAGGUCGAAGAGGGUGCCGCUCUGGAAACGCCAAACGGGGAUGUGACGGAGUGGCGGGGCAACCCUUGCCACAUUCGUCCAGAAGAAUAUUUCAACGCCAAAGUGGAUUUGGGAGGCCGAGAUAUUGGGCGACCUCGAGAGGCGACAGUACGCACCCAAAAGUUUCGUGCCAAUCUAUGGCUCUGCGAGGACUAUCCACUGUCCUUACCUCAGCAGAUUCUUCCAAUUGUAGACCUUAUGUCAAUCAACAGCAACCACUUUGCCAGACUACGGGACUUCAUCACCCUCCAACUGCCAGCGGGCUUCCCGGUCAAAAUUGAGAUUCCCCUGUUCCACGUGCUCAACGCCCGAAUCACCUUCGGCAACAUCAACGCCUUCGACGAGCCCGUCCCAGGGGUGACUACUAUGCGGGAGCAGGGAACUGUGAUGUGCAAGAUCGACGAGAGCUGCUUCGAGGCCCCCAGCAGCUAUGCACGGCUCGGUGCAAACAAACUGCGACAGUUCAACGUCAACAACGACGAGGACGACGAACUCCUCCAGUAUGCCAUCGAGCAGUCGUUCGUGGAGGCAAGCGGAGAAGAGAAUCAGGUCACUGUUUGGGAAGCGCUGACAACUGACCAGACCGGAAUUGCACCAGAGCUGGAAGAGGACCACGCCUUGCAGAGGGCCAUCCAGGAGAGCCUAGCCAGCUACCAGAAGUCGGCGGGUGUUGCGGAUGGAGGGCUCACGGUAGGUGGUGUGAUCCAACAGCAGCCGCAGCCACAGCCGCAAGAGCAGCAGCAAGAGAGCAACGAGUGGGCACUGGGUGCCAGCGGUGGCACCGACUUGGCCAUGGCACUGCGCCUCUCACAACAGGCCAAGGAGGAAGAGGACCGACGCCGACGAGAAGAAGACGAGAUGCUCGAACGCAUCCUUCAGCUUUCCAUGACUGAGAAGUAGAGACUCGCCAUUCGUUACCUGUCAUCCGUGCUCGAAGCUGUGCUGGGACUUUGCCCUGCUUUGUUGGCAGCGUGCUCAUCCCCGUGCCCUCCCCAGCUGGCCCUCCCCGCCUCUUUAGUCUUCUCUUUCGCUGUUUUUAUGCUUUUCUUCGUAUGCGAGUGUGUUCUCGAAUGUGUGUUGAGAUAAAUUAAGAAAAAGCCUCGUUUUGUUUGUUCGGUAACAGCCCAAAGAAGUUCGAGCAUAAGUGGAGGGGCUGACGUCCAGGGCAGUGCCUUGGAUGCCCUUUCGCUUGCUUUCAUUGUUGAAGAAAAUUUCGAUUUGAUGACCGUAAUGUCGUUAGUAUGUGCACAGAAACGGGAUGCACAUAAAGCGUGCAGAACAAGAGUUAGUGGUGGCUUCAAAGACUGCAGCAUUUUAGCAAGCUACCGAAGCGCACCCGUUGCAACUGAACCAACUUGCCUUGGGAAUCACGUUGCAAAUUGUAACAUAUUCAUGGUUCCACAUAAUGUACAACACUGAGCACAAGCCACACUCGUGCAUUGUAAUGGAGGCAUUGUACAAAAGCGUUCUGCCCCGAAACUUGUGCAUUAAGGUGAAGGAGCUGUGCCAACCAAAAGGUGUUGGGACACCAGAGAACAUUUUGCAACCUUCCCUGAUGGGCAAGUAAAGACUUUUUCGUUUUUUCUUGUGGUGGCUCUCACUAUGCUGCUGAUUGGCAGGGUUUUUAAGUGUGUAUUUAUUGCAAGCAGAAUCAAGUGGAGUGCGAGCAAGUCUGAAAUCUAAUUGAUGAACACUGACAUACAGGGCUUUCUUCGGCGGGUGAAGGGUUUAGAGCAACAACUGUCACCUGUGAUUGCGGACCAAGUAAAUUUGUGAGCAGAAAUUUGGCGUGCUGUGAUAGAAAGGUGAAAAAUGAGCAGCUGUGCUCCAGUUUCCCAUUGUCAGAGGUAGCACUGCUACUUGUAUUCAAGAGUGUGGAGUGCUAUUGUUUGUUAGUGGAAAAGCGAUUUCCUGUUAUCAUAUUUCCUUACUCUUUGCAAAGCCAAGGUGCAGCAGCCAUUUCAUGUAAACAUUUUUGCAAUGGUGUAGAUAAUGGAGGCCUGCCAGAGAGCGACCUGGGACAUUUGGUCCAGUUCUCUUUCUGAAUAUUUUGCAGCUUCAUUCCUUUGAUGUAAUGCUUGUGAUCCUCGCAACCAACCAAUUUUUUCUGUGUCGUGCACCAAGAAAGCAGCUGUGUUUUUUUACCAAGCACAUUUACAAACUACUGGCACUGGCUUUAGCACAGAAAUGCUGUGUUGGCAAUGCAACUUUCAGUUAACUGCUACAACAGCAAAGCAGUACAAAGCAGCCCACUUUCCCAGCCUUGUUGGAAACUUCCACACUUGUGCCACAUCAUUGAAGGCAAUACUAUGUGGGCAGUGGUACAUCUCGGCUGUUGUCACUUUAACGCAAUGGUUCGAAACGGGCGACCUGCGGGCCAUAUCCUAGUAUCUGAGACAUGAGACACUUCGAAGUAUGGUAUUCCCUUGCUUUAACUUGUGUAAGUCGUGCACAGACUCUGUCACCUCUCUCCUAAACUUGAACUGGCUGUGUGUAAUUUGCGCCGCCCGAUGCCUAUUUCAAGUUUGAGACACCCUUCGUUCGGGAGCAAGUUUCGCAAACUGGCACUGUGACACAACAGCCUGCUGCGAGAUGCAGCCAAUGGUCUUUGUUUCUGCAACCGUGUGGAGAUAAAGGCUUCAAUUAAGGCUGCUGAUGCACUCGCUCUUGAAACUCGAGAGAAAGCGCCAUAUGAAAGAGUGCAAGUUAUUUGUUUGCUUGUUGUGGUGUGCAGUUGUAGUGCAACAUUUAUCGAGACUACUGUUUCACUACCACGCAAUGCACAACGACUGCAAGUGCUUAAAGCUGUAGUGCUGCCGUGCAGCGUAGACUGCCUUGGGGGGAAUGUGUUUAAGAGCUAUGAUGAUGGCACAGCAACAACGGUGCUUUCUCGCACCCUGUUUGCUUUUCCUCCUUUGCUGUUAUAUAUUUGAAAUCGUUAAUUAACUUUUUUUUUGUUUCUUUUAAAAAUGCAAUAUCCAAAUGUUAUGAGUGCUUUGGGCUUGAAGGGGCUGCUGUGGAAUAUAAUACUUCAGCCUGUGGUUUCCAAGAAGUGCAGAGGUUGGGGCUACUUGCUUAUAUAUAAUAACUGUGGUUUCCACGGCUGCUAACGUGACUGUACAGGCUAUUUGUGAAAUUUUUUGCUAUGCCAUAAAGCAUGACCAUAAAGCCAGCCAGUGGUAGAAAAUGCAGACCUCUCCCUGACUUCCCCAUGUAAGCAAGUUGCUCGUUUUGAUGCUGAUCAUGAUAAAAAGAUGAUUUAACAUUGCAUCUCCUGUCACAGACUUCAGCACUGUGGUAUUGCAGUUUGGAUGGCAUCAUGCUGCAUGAAUGUUCAUUUUGCCAAUGGAAAGACCACAAGUUAAGCUCCCAUCACUAGAAGCAAAGAUGUACGGUACACUCGUGGGAAGAAAUUACCUAGGCACUUCAUCAGCGACAUACCCACAGCACUGCAUCAGUUACCAGUGCCUAGCUGCAUUUGGUGCACUAGAAAAUUGAUGCUCACCGUCUGAGCUUUCUUUUGGUGUGAUGACAGCAGCAGCAACAAUGUGUAAUGCACUUCUGGCACAUUAACACGACAUCACCAGGUUUCAACAUGCUCAUUUUGCACUGAGUGGUGACUGCAUAAAAACUGCAGCUGCAAUGAAGUCCACUUGGUUGCAAGUCAAAGCAGAUGCUACUCUGUGACAUGCGUUUCAUUUGGCGUAACCAUGGAGUUACUACACCAACGCUAUGCCAGCACCUGAUGACAUCUUGUCAAUAAUGCAUGAGAACUGCGUUGCAUGUUGUUGCUGCCUUAUAAUUCUAUAACUCUGGAAUGUUGGUGCCUGGGUCUAAAGUUAAUUGUCCUUUUGUACCACUUGUGCUAAUCAUCCUAAUGGUCGCCAAGGCAUUAAGUUGUACAUGUCUCGCAUUUCCGUAACGGGUGAUUGCAGAUGUACAAUUUCAAGUCGCAAGCAGAAUUUGUGCACUGCACUUUAUCCAUCAAAAAGCACAAGCCUGCUUCAAUGCAGUAAAUUUUCUUUCGUGUAAUUAACAGCUUGGGAAUGCUUCUAGCAUGGUAUUUGGAAGUGCGUUCUUCCAACUUCACGCUUCAAAUUGCCGCAAGCUUAGUGGCCAGGCAACCGAGCAAUGCAGCUUCCCUACACAUGUGCAUGUGCCAUGUUCGUUAGUACAGCACAUCCCAUUCGAUCUGGUUACUUCUUUAGAGUGCAACGCAUGAUUCCCUGCCACACUGAGUGCCUUCGCAGCUCAGACCUUUGUGGAGGUAUCCUGCCAAGUUGCCCGCAUUACUGCAGCAGAUCAUGCAGCUAUGAUGCACAAAACAUUGUAGUACAAUCCUGCUAACUUUGUUUGCAUUUUGCAUUGAGCACUUGCAUACUAAUUAUGAUUUGCUAUUUGAUUAGUCAUGUUCUGCAACAUUUACAUUUGGGCUAGUUGAUAAGGAUUCAUCAGGAAUUUGGGGUAAAAGGACAAACAAGGACAAAAGUACAGCAGCACAUCAUAGGGUUUCCAGUGAGCACUUGCGGUGUGGUUAUCUCUCUUGCUUGUUGCACAGUGAGUGUCAACGCCUUGCACUAUAUUUGUAGUCAGAUUACAUUUAUUCGUUUAUGACAUUGCUGCGAUGAACUUCAGCCACUACUCAUAUAUUCUGAGCUAAUCUGUGCUAGCACAAUGCUCGCGGCACUGGUCCUUGCUUUAUUAGUGGGGACAAAUGAGAGCUUUCUAAAGAAAAUAUAAAGGCAUUCUUUUUAUGUGGCAUCAUACAUUAUUGAAUUUUGUUGUACGUUACAGCUCAUAUUUGGUAUUCUGCACCACGUUCUGGGUACCUAUUAUGGGAGGUUUGCAAAAAAAAAUUCAGUGUCAAAAUAUGUCUGUGCAGACAGACCUUUCUUGUUUUAUAUUAGGAAUGCAGUUUGCGAUAAACAUUACUCUGUGAUACCACUUUCCCAAAGGGCACAGUAUUAGCAAGGAAUAAUGUGAAUUUCUAUGUCACACCCUGCAUCACUGACCGAGCAUUUUCACUGAGCCAAAUAGCUUCUUUUAAAGAAAGUUGAAAACUGACAGCAUUGAAAAGUGUACUAGGUAGAUCUUUCGGCAUCGUUCUUCAAAAUUGCUUCUUGUACGUUAUGUUAGGUUGAGUUCAGCUGCAUGUUUCAUGUAUUAUGGUAUUACCACCACUUUUUUUCUCAUAGUGUAUGAAACUGAUUUUUCCUAAAUAUCUAAACAAGCUUCCAUGUUUCAAUCACUCAAAGCUCUUUUUUUUUCUCUACAUGCACAUUUUCAUUACUUGUACUACAGUUGCCGUCGAAGAAGUGAUUUCAGAAACUCGUGGCUACUGAUUCAUGUAGUCAAGGUCCAAGUUAUGAACUGUCCACCACUGGCUUGCCUGGCACAGACAUUUGGGGAAAUGCAUGAAUACUUGCGACUGCAGAUUUUUUCCUAAUUGAAGCAUGCCACAUUGUCUUAAAUGUAAUGACAUUACGAGGAGCACUGUACAGUGAAGAGAGCAUCUAUUCUUGGAAGUUGGGAACUCCUAUGGAGCUGUUGUGAAUGAUGAUUGACACCGUGACAUCUUUUUUUUUUUCUGUACAGUAUUGAAGCAAUCAAACACUGUGUGACUCCUCGUUUGCAGAUAUAUUGAAAAUAUUAUAAAGAAAUGAGUUAAAGCCAAAGGCCAUUCAUCUGUCUAAGGCAGACUUUCCGCAGCAGAGUGACAUCGCCCCUGCAACCGUGGUUUUGUGCUGCUACAGCUGUGUGCAACUGCAGAAUGAUGCACAACACACUGUAGCUGCCAACAUUGCAUGAUUUUGGUAGGAUAGGGUCUAGGAAUGGAUCGGUUAUUCCAUUUUCUUGGGAAAUGGAAUGACUUUGUUGUUUCGUAAGAUGAAAGCAUCUAGUCUAGCUAUCGUUUCCUACACUUUCAGGACCAUAGGUUUUGUCAGUAUUUUGCGAGCUAAAAACGUGUGGCUAAGGACACUUGCGUAACGUUGUCGACUAAGUUGCGAAACAGUAUCCACUUGGUUUUGUCAUAGGUAAGCAUCACACCUUGUGUCAACACUUAUUUGCUAACAUGUUCGCCUUUGUCGCUGUUACACUAAUACGUUUCAUUUUUGCAAUAUUCUAGCACUUCUGAUUUUGCUACCUUAGUGAAAUCUUUUUUUUUUUUUCUUGUCUGACCUUAAGUGACCCUUUAUUUCCUCUAACCAUGGGGUCACUAAAUCUGCUUAGUAAUUAUAAUAAUAAUUGUUGGGGUUUAACGUCCCAAAACCACGAUAUGAUUAUGAGAGAUGCCGUCGUGGAGGGCUCCGGAAAUUUCAGCCACCUGGGGUUUUUUAACGUGCACCUAAAUCUAAGCCCACAGGCCUCAAGCAUUUUCGCCUCCAUCGAAAAUGCGGCCCCCGCGGCUGGUAUUCGAUACCGCGACCUUCGGGUCAGCAGUCGAGCACUAUAACCACUAGACCACCAUGGCGGGUGGCACUUCUGCUUCAGUCAGAUAUAAUGGCCAAGCAAUUAGCUUAGUGAAUUAAGCUGGAUGGGAACUUCAUCCCCCCUUGAGAACAUCUUCAAAUGCCUUUAGACAAGUACUUGUACAAGCUUCCUUGGUUUUUUUUAUCAUCACUUUCUUUUUCUGCUAUCUGUUAUUUAAGAAUGUAAAAACCUGCUGCUGAGGGGGUCAGGUUUUAGGAAAAAUUCAGCGCGUCAUGUUCAGUUCAGCUGAAUUCUGGUUUCCUUUGUGCAAAGUUUCCCAUUAAAGAGACACUAUGGAGAAACAUUAACAAAAGCUGAGUAAGUUUCGCAUACAGGAUAGCACACAUGCAUAGACAUUCACGGAGCCAAAGCACCCAGCCAUGCUCGUCCCAUCUCCGCUUACCUUUUUUUUCAACUUCACUGGAUCUUGUUAGCGGCACACUAGAUAUUGCUGCAAAGAUGCCAUGUAUCUUGAGCAGACAGGUUCGGCUUGUGUAUUGUUGAGACAGAGACGACAGCAAGGGAAGGAAAAGGGCGAGAGCAGAAGACGCACGUCCAUUGUCUGUGUGGAACAUUAUCCUUCGCUAAACCUUUUGGUAUGCACCAACGAGCUCAGUGAAAUACAGACGAGGGCCCCUUAGUAUAAUGUUUAUGUUGAAGUGGUAUGAGGAGACCUUUACUUGCUAAUUAGCAGCUUUUAAUUGCCAAAUACAUACAACGCUGUUACAAGUUUUCUCUCUGUUCCCGUUUGCCGCAAGCUCAUGGAGAGACGAGAUGCUAUGAGGCAACCGUAUGCUUCCUCCUGUCGGCCUGCAAAUAAAAGCGUUGCCCUUUUCUUUCUCUUUCUUUUUUCUUUAGUGUUGUUAUGUACGCAGAUUUGUCAGUUUGUUUUAGGUGGAGGCUCAACAGGCGAGAAAUACAAAAGACUACAUGUGGAGAGGUCUUCUCAAAAAGACGUUUGCACCACCUCCCCCGUGAUGUUGUGAAUUUCGACAGUGUCUGCAUCGCCCUGGUUAGUUGUUUAUCCACACAGAGCGAUUGUGUUGUUACUGUGAGUGAGUGAAGGCCCGACCCUACAAAGUAUGGGGGCUUCUGCAGCAAUACGACCCAAACGCGGAAAGUGACGACAACGUUAGUUGCUGACACCACAGUUUGUGCACUGAAUUUAAAAAGUGAGGUCGGGGCUUUCAUACCUUUUGAUGCUGAGGAAAAUGCAAACAGAAUUUUGGGAGAGCUCCGUGCCUCUCUUUGGUGUCUCUUUAAUGCUGCCAAUCCCUGUGGGCUGCGUUGUUCACCACGGAUCCGUAUUUUGUCGAGUUUGGCAGUAUUUAGUUCUUUAUGCCUGUGUGCACAUGUUUUAGAUUGUGUGUAAAGCACAUGGUGAAGUGCGUGCACCACUGUCUCGUUUGCAGUCACAUUCUAGGAGCUGUUCGCUCUGCCUGCUUUCCGCAUGUCUUUGUGAAUUCAAGUGCGUAGAUGUGAUUUGCCGGUGAUUUGAAAACUUGUUCGAUUCUCGUGUUGGUUGUGCCUGCGACGCCUCUGGUGAUGGUCGUGUCAAAGUAUAAAUGGUGGCAGUGGCGAAACGUGCUUUCCUUUUCGUUUUACUUUACAGUGCAUCGCAAUACAUUGAAGCGCAAAACAAUCUACACGACGCUUUCUGCUUUAUUUUUAUUCCUCUGUCUCCUUGUCCUCCGCUUUUGAGACAGUGGCUGAUGUAUCCUGAAAGAAAAUGUUGGAACAGUGGCAGCUUUAUCGAAGGCUCUUAUAUGACGUGUUUGGCACAUCAAUGAUCAGUGCGCACUUGCAUUGUUCAUGACUACUUCACUUUGUAAAGAGCCUGCAUCUUCUGUGUACUAAUUCUGGAAUGUUCUUUUACCAGGGUAUACAUAUGUGUGUGAGUGUGUGUGUGUUGUAUUUAUUAGUCCAGUAUCUUCGGUUGAAGUGGUACGAGCUAAAAGAGCGUACUGCUGCGUUUACCUCAAAAACUGGAUACAUUCCUUACAUACAGUCUUGCUUGUUUUCUGCACACAUAUCAAAAGUAAGCGACUGAGUGAGAAUUUUUUUCUGUAGAAAUAAAGCAGUGGACAAGAAAGCACUGAAAGAAAUGUACAUGCCAAGUAAAUUGAGAAGUUCAGCUUUGUUUGACCUCCUAUGUUUUGCUUAUGCUAAAUUUCAAAGCAUUAUUGUACAACAUGCAAAUUGAUGGGAAUAAAGCAGCAAAACAACUUGGU